ACGGGCGGGAAACCGGCGGCUUGACACGAGCGGGGCAGCGCGCCGUCCCUCCCCUCCCGCCGCUUCCCUCCUCCCUAUUCACGGGGUCCCUCCGCUCUACCGCAGGCCCCGUGGGGGCCUCUGAGUGCCCACCCCAUCCCUGAGCCUCGUCUCCCCUUAGAGCCCCCCCUUACCGGGGCUGCCUGGGCACGGGGCGAUGGCCGGCGCCAUCCGGCGGCUGGAUGAAGCCGUGGUGAACCGCAUCGCGGCCGGCGAGGUCAUCCAGAGGCCGGCGAACGCCAUCAAGGAGAUGAUCGAGAACUGUUUGGAUGCUAAAUCUACGAGUAUCCAGGUCGUGGUUAAAGAAGGCGGUCUGAAGCUUAUCCAGGUCCAAGAUAAUGGCUGUGGUAUCAGAAAAGAAGAUCUGGACAUUGUAUGUGAGAGAUUUACUACGAGUAAACUGCAAAAAUUUGAAGACUUGGCUAGUAUUUCUACAUAUGGUUUUAGGGGUGAGGCAUUGGCUAGCAUCAGUCAUGUUGCCCAUGUAACGGUCACGACUAAAACAGCGGAUGCAAAGUGUGCGUACAGAGCUUCUUAUAGUGAUGGAAAAAUUAAAGCCCCUCCAAAACCCUGUGCUGGAAACCAAGGAACUCAGAUCACUGUUGAAGAUCUCUUUUACAAUGUAAAUACAAGGAGGAAAGCUUUAAAAAAUCCAAAUGAAGAAUAUGCAAAAAUACUAGAAGUUGUUGGCAGGUAUGCCAUCCAUAACUCGGGCAUCAGCUUUUCAGUUAAAAAGCAAGGUGAUACCGUGUCAGAUAUUAGGACCUUAUCAAAUGCCUCAACAGUGGACAACAUUAGGUCCAUCUUUGGAAAUGCUGUUAGCAGGGAACUGAUAGAAGUGGGUUGUGAAGAUGCAAGUCUGGCCUUUAAAAUGAAAGGCUACAUCACAAAUGCAAACUACUCUGUGAAGAAAUGUACAUUUUUACUCUUCAUAAACCAUCGAUUGGUAGAGUCAGCCGCUUUGCGGAAAGCCAUAGAAACUGUGUAUGCUGCUUAUUUGCCAAAAAGUACACAUCCUUUCCUAUACUUAAGCCUGGAAAUAACCCCCCAGAAUGUGGAUGUGAAUGUGCACCCUACAAAACAUGAGGUCCAUUUCCUCCAUGAAGACAGUAUUUUAGAGCGUGUGCAACAGCACAUAGAGAGCAAGUUAUUGGGCUCUAAUUCUUCAAGGAUGUACUUCACUCAGACAUUGCUUCCAGGGGCUGAAUGUUCUUCCAGUGAGGCUGUAAAACCAGCAGCAAAUACUUCUGCGUCUACCAAAGGAACCAGUGAUAAAGUUUACGCACAUCAGAUGGUCCGGACUGAUUCCCGAGAGCAGAAAUUGGAUGCUUUUCUUCAGCCAGUGAACAAUCCCCUAAGUACAGGCCCCACUGAAGUGACGACAGAGGUUAAUGCAGGACCUCCAGAAGGUGCAGUCAGGCCACAGGACGCUGAGAUGGAAGAUGUCAGUGAUGUUAUUGAAAUGGCUAAUGUUCAGGAGGAUGCAGUGAAGCCUGGGGGGCUGAGUGAGAGUGGACAUUUGUCUCCUGAGAAAGCGCCUCCUCGAAAGAGACUGCGGGAAGACAUGGACAUAGAAAUGGAGAAAGAUGACACGAGAAAGGAUAUGACUGCUGCCUGCACCCCUAGAAGAAGAAUCAUCAACUUGACCAGUGUAUUGACUCUCCAGGAAGAAAUUAGUAACCAGGCACAUGCAAGUCUUCAGGAGAUGCUACACGAUCACUCAUUUGUUGGCUGUGUCAGUCCUCAGUGGGCUUUGGCCCAGUAUCAGACAAAACUGUAUCUUCUCAACACAACGAAACUCAGCCAAGAACUCUUCUACCAGAUACUUAUUUAUGACUUCGCAAACUUUGGAGUCUUAAGAUUGUCUGAGCCAGCUCCUUUGUAUGAGCUUUCGAUGCUUGCUUUAGAGGAUCCUGAAAGUGGCUGGACAGAAGAAGAUGGCCCAAAAGAAGGGCUUGCUGAAUACAUUGUGGAGUUUUUGAAAAAGAAGACUGAAAUGUUGAAAGAUUAUUUUUCUCUUGAAAUUGAUGAGGAAGGAAACCUGAUUGGGUUACCACUUCUGAUAGACAACUAUGUUCCACCACUGGAAGGACUGCCCAUGUUUAUCCUUCGCUUGGCCACAGAGGUAAAUUGGGAUGAAGAGAAGGAGUGUUUUGAAAGCCUAAGUAAAGAAUUAGCUAUGUUCUACUCCAUUAGAAAGCAAUAUAUAACAGAUGAAGCAAACCUGACAGACUCUCAGAAUGAAGAUUCUAAUUCUGGUUCAAAAACAUGGAAGUGGACUGUGGAACAUGUACUUUACAAAGCUUUUAGGACUCAUCUUUUACCUCCUAAACACUUCACAGAAGAUGGCAACAUUUUGCAGCUUGCUAACCUGCCUGACCUGUAUAAAGUUUUUGAGAGAUGUUGAGCAAGUAGCUAUUACGGACUUGUGCAUAUCUAAAAAACAUUCAUGCUACACUCCUUUUAGUAAAGGAUAAAGCUGGAAAGAGGGGAUUUAAUGUCAUAGUAAAAUAGCAAAUUGUCUAUUUUCCUUCUGUUGACCAGAGAAUAAAAAGAAUUGUUCUAGCUAUGUCUAAACCUAACUGAAGUUCCUAAAAUAACAUCUCCACUUCUGCUUUGAGUUUUGCUAUUCAGCAAUAUGCUAACAGAAUACAGGCUCUCCUGAAGAAAGUUAAUUGGGUUAAGCUCUGUCUCCUUUAGCAAUUACUUAACUUAAUUGAAACGUGAGUGCUUUAACUUAGCUUGCUUUCUGAAAGUAGCAUAGGUUACCUACUUUCUUUUGUUUUAAGAAUGACUGUGUGACACUACCUGUGAUAUGAAUGCACGUGCAAAGCACUUAAAAGCAUCUCUUACUGUAGGAGCCAGUCUUGUAAUGUUUCAGACCCCUUGCUGAAAUAAGGAAAAUCCUUCCCCUUUAAAUCAAGGAGUCUGAAAAUUGGAACAGGAAUCCUCUGACAAGAGCAAAUGAGCAGGCACACAACAUUCAUCUCAAAGAAGAGUUGCAGUUGGUAAUCUGAUUACUCUCCAGUGUGCAAGGAAGCUGUUAGUCUUGUUCAGGCAGGAUAAAAGUGGUUGUGCUUUAAUUUGACCCCUGACUUUUCUUGAGACCACCGCAAACUUGAAUUGUCACAAGGAGGCCCAUGUUGCCAUCCUAGAUCUUCACUAGGGAUGUGGUUUAGAGGAAGUGAAGUAGAAGCAGAUGUGCUCUCCACCAUGUGCCAAAUGAGGGUUUAGCAGAUGUUUUGUACGUGUGAAUACUCUCAAAAUCUCCAAAGUAUUCUUUAUCUUUAGAAUAUGCACUGUAAGGAUAACUGAUCAAGACACUGAUGGUUUCUUCUGAACAAAGAGAUGAAGACAGAAUCAACAGCACAGACAUCGAUCGCUGAACUAUAAUUGCACUAUAAUUGUCUCGAAUUUAAUGGUAGGUCUAGGGAGAUCUGCUUACAUACAAGGCGGUUUCUCAACAGGGAAAGCAUUUUUCUAAGUCCCAGAGGCAUCAAGCAUCCAAACCAAAAAAGAAAGCAAACCUAAGUUUUGCACUGUAAAGAUGGCUGUUCCCUGUGAGAGCAGCUCUGAUGGGAGCAGAAGCAUUAAUGCUCUGGAUUGCAGAGGUCCUGAAUCCUGCCUUGCUUUGCUUUGAAAAAUACCCCUGAAGGGCAGCAGUUAGCCCCAGGAAAGCAUCUGAUAUGAGUCCAACACGGCGAUUCCUCAUAGACGGGCAUCUGCUGGCCUCAAGCAAAGCCUAACACAGGGAAAGCAUGACUUCUAAUAUUUCAAGAGUUGCCACUGAAGGUGCUGUUUAUUUCCCACUUGCAAUGUGCCAGAAUGAAAAGAGUGGUUGUUCUUAAUAGUAGCGAUUAGGCUGUGGACAAAACCCCACACCUUUCCAGAAAGCACCUUCUUCCUUGUAUUACUCUUCCCUCUUUGAUGGUGAUACUGUCAAGGAGAGAACUGAAGCAUUGAGUCUCCCUGAGCGAGCCAGACCAGCAAGGCAGGAAGUAGCUACCACACAGAGCGUAACAACUGAGGGAUCAACCAAACGAAAUCCAAAGUGAGCAAGUGGCUUGAGCUGGCUUUGACCCACAGAUUGCUUCCUGGGAAUGGGGGAUGCCCUGAUAGUCAAGCGUACAGGGACUGGUAAGGGGAAUCCUGUUUGCAUUGUGAUUCUGCUGGAUAUUUUAUAUAUCUGUGUGGUGAUUUCUGCAUGUUGUUGUAGCACUUUUCUAAAUCCAACUGGCACGUAAUGCCUAACGUAUCAAAUAAAUAGAUUUGAUAUUAAACAUCAAAAGUUCACUCUGUGGAACAUUUGAAGGAACCCAUGUAGAGAUUCUGUACUGGAUUCUGAUGUGUGCACGUUAGGUGUGGCAGCAGAUUGGUGACACGUACUCUCAUGUCAGAAUGCUCGGUACUGAUCACACCUUUCUGCAGGUUCCUGAUCUGACACAAUAACAACCCAGAAAUUUGUAAGCAUAUUUUUUUAAAUUCAUUAUUUUCUCUUUUUGGUAUUUAAUGGAAAUCUGAUUAUAUAGUGCCUUAUAUUUGCUGACACAAAAUGAAAAAUAGUUGCAAUAAGGCUGAAACAGUAUUUUUAAAAAUAAUCUUAUGUAGUUCAGAGCUUUAAGCAACCUCAGACAGAUUACAUCCCUUCUUAGUGGGAAAACAAAGUUUCUUGCAACAUGUAUUUUGAAGUUAUGAUUGCAACAAAUUGUCAAUCCAAACACUCCUGAGCCUCUAAUGGGUUCUAAAAUGACAGCCAGCUUGAUGGGGUUUUUGUUUUUUUUUAAAUCCCUUUUUAGAUUAUUCAUUCAUACCUGCUUCUUGAAACAAGCCUCAUUUACCCAUUUCAAAUCUCAUUUGCAAGCCAAGUAAAAAGAAAACCCAAGAUAUUACAAACAGCACACAGCCCCAUUUGCUGUGUUAACAGCAGUUCAUAAAUUCAGCUUUUCAAAACUAGAAAACCAAAGGGUGAACUUCUUUCUUGCCUGCUUGUUUAACUGCUCAAAUCAACUCAAUUACUUGCUACUCACAGGAAAACAGAAGAAUGACAUUAAAAGUUCUCCACAGAGUUGGUCAUUUCCUUGGUGAACUACCCGUGUAUGAAAACAGGGCAUUUCAAUUAAUCUACAGACUGAGAAUCUGAACCAUGCACCACAAAUAGAAUACAUGCUGGUUUAGGAGAGCUUGAAAAAUCUUUACUUUGUUUGCUAUAUAGUUAUUCAUGUUUGGUAUAAUAGAGUAUCUCCCUGGUCCGCUAAGGAUUUUCUGUCACUAGCACAUAGGGCUUGUUCUGCUUUACAGCUAAUGACUUUGUAUUAAUUCUCCUUUCCUAUUUUUACUGAGUGUUAACUGCAGGAGGAAGCAGGCACUGAGACUGCAUUUCUUAGAUUUCCAGAGGAAUUCCAUAUUGCAGAUUGAGGGUGGUGGUCAAAAUCAUGCACCUAGAUGAAGCUCAUAGGUCUAAUGGAAUUUUUGACCAUUUAUCCCAGUUACAUUUUUCUCAUCGAGUUUAAUAUUUGAUUGGGAACAUUCCAGCACUGCUAAAUAACAGGU